UUUACGGAAGUGACGACUUUUUCGCAUGAAAGCCGAGUUGGAGAGGGGGUUGUGAGGUUUCGCUGCAACUGGUGCGUGUAGUUCCUGCGGCUGAGGCUUCAGAGCUAUGGAUUUCGGUAGCGUUCUCAGUAGGGCAUCCGAGAACAAAGUCGAUGCCCAUUUGCAGAAGCGUUAUAGCUUGUCAGUGAAACCACCAAAGAAGCACCAACAAGUGAAACAGGUUCAGUCUACAGCAGUGCAAGCAUUCCUCAAACGCAGGGAGGAAGAGCUGAGAAAAAAAGAUUUGGAAGACCGGCGGCGGAAAGAGGAGCUAUUUGCAAAACGAGUUGCACUAAAGCAUGACCGUAAAGCCAGAGCAAUGGCUACUCGGACAAAGGAUAAUUUCAGAGGUUAUAAUGGUAUUCCUGUGGAUCAGAAAGGCAGAAAGAGGAUUUGUGAUGAUGAGGGGAAAGAACAAAGAAUGGAUGACAACAAUGAGGAUUACUACGAAGGGGAACAGGCUGAAUAUGAAAUGUCGGAUGCAGAAUAUUCUGAAGGUUCUGAGGAGUUUGUAGAGCAUUGGGAUGAGAGAGCAAGCAAACAGCAUUACAGACAGCCUGAGGUAGCAGUUAAGCAGCUGAAACAUCAACACAGAGAGCCAGAGAGACCAGCUAGGGAGCCCAAAAAGCUGUUUAAAAAACCUGAUGAGGUGGCAAAAGUACCUGAGCAAGCUCAUAACAAGGCUAAAGUGUCCCAGGUUCCAAAGAAGCCACCAAUGAACUUCACAGAUCUCCUGAAGCUGGCUGAGAAGAAACAGUUUGAGCCAGUGGAGCUUAAGCCAGUUAAAAAGGUGGAGGAGAAGCUAUAUACAGCAGAAGAACUGAAAGAACUUGAAUUUUUAGAGCGCAAACGACAAAAACAGAAUGACAAAAUGAAAUCCGAGAAAGUGGUCUCAUUUUCACAUCCAACCAGCUCAUCAAAGAAAGAACCUUCAAUUAAAGGCAACAAAAGCAUAAAUAUAGCACAAGGUUCAGGAGAGAAAAUUACCUUAUCCAGAGAGAAUAGCUCAAAGUCUGUCCCUAGUAUUAGCAAAAAACCAAAAAUGUCAUCUAGUGAAAGAUUACCUCCUACACCAUCUCACAAGGUACCAGCUCAAGAAAAGUCCAAAUCUUCAUUAGGGAGUGGCUGUUCUACCUCCAAAGCAUCUGCUAGUGGUAGUAGUGGGAAAACUGCAAUAAAUGUUUCAGCAAAAUCAGGAAGUAGCUUUCAAACACCAAGCAAAGGUUUGAAACCUGGAUCAAAUGGAAGCCAUUCUGCUUUGUCUUCAAAACACACCCAAAAGAAAAUUAAUAGACCUAUGUCUUCUGGGAAAGUUAAUAAUGUUUCCACAAGACCUGAAAGGACAGAAUCUUCAAGUCUGAACUCCAAAAGUGCGAGUAGUUCAGCUCCUGAGCGACCCAAAGCUUCCUGUGGCUUUAGCCAAAAGCAAACAAGUAGUGCAAGCAAAUUGGGCCAAUCGAGGCCCAGUAGUGUGAGUAAUUCUAGACCGCCUUGUGCAGGUGCUUCAGACUCCAUGCAGUCAAAAGAGAGAACUUCAGGUCCUCUAAGGCCUAAUUCUGGGUCUCUGCAGUCAAAAACCACAAAUGCCUCUGGAUCAAUGAGACCUGGAAAUACAUUGGCUGGGCCUGGCCGACAUGGGAAUGCUCCAAGUCCUGGAACUGGGCGACCUGGAAGUGGAGCUGCAGAAGCAAAACCCAAAUGUACUGUAGUAUCAGAAACAAUAUCGUCAAAGAACUUUCCUUCAAGGCCCAGCAAUGGACAGAUGAUCAACAGGAGGCCGCCACCACCAGGGCAUAGGCCAAUGAUGCGCCCGCCAGGGCAUCCUAUAAGGUCAGCUGGUCCUAUAUCAUAUAAGCGACGGCUGGAUGAUGAUGAAGACGACGAUGAAUAUGACUCAGAAAUGGAUGAUUUCAUUGACGAUGCUGGGGAACAGCAAGAUGAAAUCUCAAAGCACAUCAGGGAAAUCUUUGGAUAUGAUCGCACCAAAUACAAGGAUGAAAGUGACUAUGCUUUGCGAUUUAUUGAGAGCAGCUGGAAAGAACAGCAGAAAGAGGAAGCCAAAAGCUUGCGAUUGGGUAUGAUGGAGGAUGCAGAAGAGAUGAGGAAAGAGGAAGAACUAAAAAGGAGGGUGAAAGCUAAGAAACAGAAGCUUUAGUUCAUUGAAGACGUUUCAGCAAACUUAUUUAUUAUAUUUAUAUAAAAAAAGAUCUGGUUAUAUUUGAGGUAAUAUGCACUAAAGUAAGCAAAUUAUACACUGUGGUACUCGCUUAGCUGAUUGACCAAUUCAAGUGAAAAGAUAAAUUAGCAUUAAAGAAAGCAGAGUUGAUAGUGGAAGUAAUUUUACAUAAUUUUGUGGUGCAUUGGCAAAUACAUCUUUUCUCUUUCUAGUUCUAAUACAAUUAGAUGAGGUGUUUUUUUUAGUUCACACUGUACGUGCCAUGAAUUUUAACUGUGGCCCAGGUUUUGAUAGCUCCAGAAUAUUAAUUUGUGUACUGUUGAUGCUUAAGAGCUUAAACCCUUGCACAUCUUAAAAUGCACCAAAUAACAUCCAACUUUUGCUGCCUGGUUAGUCUACAUUUUGUAUUUUUUAUUUUGCUUCCAGGAGAGGGCAAUGCAGUAGAUUGGAUUUGGUCUUUUUAUCUCUGGCAUCUCCAAUUCAAACUGGCUCCUAUGUAAAACCAAUUUUGUUUAUGUUGCCCAUGGGCUGAUAGUCCAAAUCUCUGAUUAUGUGUUAAAUUUGCAGUUGCACUUGGUGAAACCCCAAAGUGCCUCAAGUGUUGGGGGGGUGGGGAAGGAGGGGAAAUAUUAAAAUAACCCAAGACCGUCAUUCAAUGCACUAACCCUUCCAUUUAUGGCAACAAAAUAGAUUAUGAAUAAUCUAAGUUUUGUUUUAUUUUCUCAGCAAUACCAUUUGUCAGAUUACCUCUGUCAUGAUUUUCAGAAAGGAAGUUGUUUCUCAUUGUUUUUUUAACACUUAAUUUAACUAAUUCAGUAUUUAUGUCCUCUGGUCCUAGUCCCCUGUUUUAUUUGUGUGGUAUGGAGGGGGUGGAAUUUAAGUAAAAGCAUAAGACACUUUGUUGGAGCUGUGAAAUUUGUUUGCUCUUUACCCAAGUGAAUCACACCUUCCUUGGGAGUGCUAGAAGCUGAUAUUGGGUGCCUAAAAUUGAAAACGUUUCAAUUUGCCUUGAUUAGGAUAGUAUUUUUUCAAGAAAAUAAUGUACUCAGUAAUGUCUGUGCAAUUUAUUUGAACGUGUAUCUUGUGUUAGUGGAAGAAGUUAAAAGAUCAGUUAAAAAAACGGAUAUAGAUUUUGUAAGCUUUUUGAUGAGAAAAAUGCAAGUACAGAUGCAUUAAAUAUAAUUGAUAUUCUGUACAAUAAAUUUUUAUUACAUAGUU